ACUAGGACUAGGAUACUUGCUUAAUUAAAUUAGUUUUCUCUCUAUAAAUACAAUUAGAUGCUCUACGUUGUACGCAUAAUCGUAUCUUCAGCUCAAGCAAAACUCAUAUCAUAUCCCAAUCUUUCUUUAAUUAGUUUUAUCCAUGGCACUAAACGCUUUCUUUUCUUUAUCAUCCCUUUUCUUUAUUUUUAUUAUUAUCCUAUUCACCGUCGGGCUGUCUUUCCCGGUUCCGGCGGAUCAUUAUUUUCAAAUAAAUUUACCAAACGGAGUCGUUGGCCCGGAGAGUAUUGCUUUUGAUUGUACCGGAAGAGGACCAUAUGUCGGUGUUUCCGAUGGGAGAAUUUUAAGAUGGGAAGAACAUGCCCGAGACUGGACUGAAUUUGCUGUCAUGACACAUAAUAGGAAUAGACAAUUGUGUGAUGGUAUAACCGACGCCCGAAGGGAGCCGCUUUGUGGUAGACCGCUCGGAUUAAAGUUUCAUCCAAAGACUUGUGAACUAUAUAUAACAGAUGCUUAUUUCGGGUUGAUGAAAGUGGGACCGAAUGGCGGGAUUGCUACCGAACUUGCAAAUUCAGCUCAAGGGCAUCCCUUCAUGUUCCUUAAUGAUCUGGACAUCAAUCCUAUGAACGGAGUUGUCUAUUUUACUGAUAGUAGCAUUCGCUAUCAACGAAGGGAUUACUCAGAGAUCAUUUCAAGUGGAGAUAGUACUGGAAGACUGUUAAGAUUUGACCCAAAUACCAAACAAGUGAGCGUGUUACACGAUGGUUUGGCAUUUCCAAACGGGAUUGUUUUGUCUAGAGACAAUUCAUAUCUUCUUGUAGUUGAAUCACAGAAAAAUCAAAUCUUAAAAUUUCCGCUUACGAAUAACAGAACAAGAACUCCAAGUGUCUUUGCAAGGGUUGACAGGUUUGCUGAUAACAUCAGAAGGAAUGAUCAAGGAGAUUAUUGGGUUGCACUAAAUACAGCAAGAGAAGGAUACACUGAACCGGUUGGUUUGAAGUUUGACGAAAAUGGU